AUGGGUGACAACACCGAAAAGAAGUCAACCGACACAGGCAUGCCUUCAAAGCCAAAAUGGGAAAACCCCAACCACCCGCUCUACCUUCAUCAUGCGGACCAACUCGGCGUAAUCCUUGUCCCGCAGCCUUUGGUAGAAGAUAACUACAGCACAUGGGUUCAGUCCAUGAGCAUGGCCUUAACGGUCAAGAACAAGAUUGACUUCGUUGAUGGGUCAAUCAAAGAACCAAGUGGGGAUAAACCUGAUGAAUUGCAGCAAUGGAAGCACUGCAACAAUUUAGUCAAGACAUGGCUAUUGGGGUCGAUGUCAAAGGAAAUUGUUGGCAGCGUCAUUCACUGCAAAGACGCGAGCCAGAUGUGGCUUGAUCUCCAAGAGCGAUUUUCUCAUGUGAAUACCGUUCAGCUUUUCCAUAUCGAGAAUGAAAUCUAUGAUUGCGUACAAGGCAGCAUGACUGUGAGUUCCUACUUUACUAAACUUAAGAGCCUUUGGGAUGAACGAGACGCAUUGUGCUCAAUUCCGGCUUGUAGUUGCGGAACAACCAAGAAGAUUGCUUCAUACAUAGAGACUCAGAAAACAAUGAAAUUUCUCAUGGGUCUAAACGACUCAUAUGCCACUGUUCGUAGUAACACACUCUUAUUGGAACCAUUACCCACAGUAAACAAGCGUAUUCGCUGGUCCUUCGACAUGAAAGGCAGUGCAACAAGACGAAUCACAACACCAAGAAUUGCCAUGCUCAUCUCAAAUGCACCUUUUGUGGCUAGAAAGGAGGAAUGUAAACAGAUUCUCCACAUGUUGAGCAAGAAAAAAUCCUCUACGGCCAAUCAAGUUGGUAAUUCUUCCAAUCACGAAGAACUUUCAGGUAAAGCUUUUUCCCUUACUUAUAAUGGCAAGAAGAACACUUGGAUCUUGGAUAGUGGUGCUACGAAUCAUAUGGACCUGCGCUUGGGGAAGAUGAUUGGGACAGGAUUUGAGCAGGAGGGACUUUACUAUCUCGAUCAAGCAAAGAAAGGAACAUGCAACUCCGUUCAAACUCUAGCCUCUGGUCUUUGGCAUCAACACCUCGGACAUCCUUCAAAGAAAGUCAAAAUAGUGCGUAGUGACAAUGGCCCUAAGUUCAAACUUGAAAAUUUUUAUGCUCUCAAAGGCAUUGUUUAUCAAUCUAGUUGCGUCAACACACCACAACAAAAUGGUGUUGCUGAGCGCAAACAUAGGCAUUUGCUCAAUGUGGCACGAGCCUUGCUUAUUCAAGCCGGUCUUCCUAGACAGUUUUGGGGAGAUGCAAUUCUUGCUUCAACAUAUCUCAUAAAUAGAACAACAACUCCUCUUCUUCAUGAGCCACAAUCUUCAGCCCACAUAUCAGAUGAGAUUUCCUCUUGCCCAACACCACAAGAAGACAUGAUCAGCACCCCACCUUCCGUAACCCUAUCAUCUGAUACUACAACCAAUGUCAUCAUUCCAUCUUCACCGUCACCCACAUCUUCUUCUUCUUCUUCAACACCACCACUGUUACGACGUGGUGUACGUCAAACUAGGCCACCAUCAUUUUUGCAGGACUUUCAUAUUGAGGCAGCCCUCCCAUCUAGACCCGCACUUUCAUCUUCUACGAAUGUGGUCACAUCUUCAACUCUCCAAGCCAACAAAACGUGGACUCUCAUGCCCUUGCCCUCUCAAAAACGCCCCAUUGGAUGCAAGUGGGUUUACAAAAUCAAGUUAAAACCAGACGGGACCGUUGAGCGAUACAAAGCUCGGUUAGUGGCGAAAGGGUACAGUAAAAUAGAGGGUGUUGAUUACAAGGAAACAUUUGCCCCUGUGGCGAAAUUGGUGACCGUUUAUGUGCUUCUUAGCAUUGCAGCCUUAUAA